AUGGCUUUCACUGUGCCAGCUUCUGGCCGUCUUCCGCGCUCGACUGCGCCGCCUGAAGCUGCUGACAAGCACGAGCUGAAGGCAGUGCUUGCGGCGCAAGAGUCCGAGAUGCACGCAAUGAAGGCGCAGCUGGCAGAAGCGCAGCGGGAAUGCAACCGUUUGAAGCACAAGCUGCGAGAUGUCGAGACCGAGGUGCAGGUGGCCAAAGAGGUCACUGCAUCUGCGACGGAUCGGCUCACGGCUCACGCCGAGCGAAAAGACCUCCUGCUCUCCGCAGGCGUGGAGCGGGGUGGUUUGGAGCUCGCGAAGCUCGAGGAGGAGCUGCAGCGAAUGGAACGCCUGCUCUGGGAACGUGACCAGGAGAUCAAGAAGCUUCGGCACACUGCCGGCAAUCUUGAGAAGAACCAGCUGCAACUGGACUUGGAGAUGCGCGGGCUGCAUGCUGCCAAAGAAACCUCGACUCUCGAGGCACGCGAGCUUAGCACCGGCAUCGCGGACUUACUUCACAGCCGCCUGCAAAAGGUGCCCAGCACACACUCGGGUUUCCUGGACAGCAUGGCGAGCUCAAACCCCUUCAGUGCGCAGAACCUGGACGCCCAACGUCAGCGGGAGGAGAAGCGGCUCAAAGACAGCACGCAACGAUUGGACUUGAAGCGCCAGGAACAUGCCGAGCUGAAGCACAGGGCAAGCCAGGCAGCUGCGGAAGCCAAGAAAAUGGAGGAGGAGGAUGCAGCCUUGCACCAUCGGGUGCAGCUUUUCGAGCAGCAGCUGCGAGAGAAGCAGGGCCAGAUGGAGCUGCACGACAAGAAGUUCGUUCAUGAGGGGGGCCUCCUCCGCGAGCAUGUGGAGGAGCUCCGCAAGGCCGUUGCAAAGGAACAGACGAGCUUCAUGGCCGCUGACCACUGUGCCGUCUUGCACAGCCAGGUCCAGGAUGAGGCAAAGGCCACGAAGCAGGAGAUACAGUCGCUCUUGGCGAUUGUUCUGCAGCUGGACUCCGCAUUGCGUGCCCGACACCAGCACGUCCACAGUGCGGAGGUUAAAAGUGAUGCCAUCGAUGGCGGGGAUCCGGGAAGCUUUGCUAUUGCCGACGAUUGGCGAAUACUCGUAUCGUUUCGCGCCCGCUUUGCAGUGGUUUCGCAGCAUGCCGUUAGGACUCUUCACGAGGGCGAACUCACUGUGCUGCGGCGUGGAGGAGCCGAAAGCAGGUACUGCAUACUGUGCUACGAGACAUUCCAAUACUACACAUCCGCGAAGGACUUUAAGCAGGGCAAGGCCCCAUUGGUAACCUUUCCCCUGCUGGCAACCAGCAGCUUCGAAGCCAGCCCAACAGGCACGGAUUCUGGUCACGGUGCCAGGGUGAUUUUGCUCGAAGGGCAAUGCGAGGACGUGGCCUUGUGGUGCCAAGCCCUGGAAGAAGCCUUCGGCACGGCCAAAACACGUGGCAGUGAGCUGGAGCUUCACAUUCUUGGCUUCGAUGGGCGGCUCUGCAGAGUCCUGGCGGAGCCUGCGUGGAGAGUCCGGGACUUGAAGGCAGUUAUUCAUUCUGCAACGAACAUUCUCCCGAGCGAGCAGCGCCUGGUUUUCCGGACGGAAUUGCUUGAUGAUCGGGAUCUGCUGCGGGGAGUCCUCUGCGUGGACGAGACGGUGCUGCCAUCGAGCGCAGAGAAUGCACUUGAGCUUCACCUUGUGCGCUGUCCUCCUAUAGCAGAAAUCAAAGCGGCAGGACUUCAGCGAAAGCGAGAAGACAUGCUACAGGCCGUGCGCAACAACUGGCAGCAGCUAGGCGAGGCAGAGGCUGCUUGGAGGCGAGAUCGAGAAAUUGUUCUGGCUGCAGUGUGCCAGGAGCAGAGCCAGUGGAACCGUCAAGCGGGACCGUCUGAUUGUCGGAGAGCAAGAAGCAUCUGCUCGGGUCAGGACUGCAUGGCCCUGCAGUUCGCAUCAGAGGACCUGCGCGAAGACCCGGAGAUUAUCAUGGCAGCUACCUGGCCGCGGCUAUAG